UUUCAACAGGAACAAGAGAUUUGCUGAAAGAAACCAAACAGCUCCACCUUCAACAGAGCAGGACAGAAAGUAUCUUCAUUCUGGGCUGAAAGUUACCUACAAUUAUACAUAAGGUAAUAAAAAAGAUGAAAACUACUGGUACAUUACUGUGGAUCCUGUUGCUUCAACUGCAGAAGAGUCUUGGUCAACUUCAAGUAUUUAAUGAUGAGAAGACACUCCAUCUCCCUGAUUCUUACAACAUUGGCUGGAUGCAAACUCUCCAUGAUGACAAGUCAAUUUCUGACAUCACCAUUCCUGGUACCCAUGACACCAUGGCUCUCUAUGGAGGACCAUUAGCAGAAUGUCAGGCAUGGUCACUGAUGGACCAACUAAAGUCUGGAAUACGUUAUCUGGAUCUUAGAGUUUCUGAGUACGACUUGCAUAUUAUGCAUGGAAUAACUUACCAACAUACAUCAUUCCCUGAAGUUCAAAAGACAAUCAGGGAUUUCUUAUCUAAUUACCCCACAGAGAUAGUGCUUGUCAGCGUAAAGCCUGCUUUUUUCUUUGAAACCAAAGUUACAGAUUUGGUUAAAAGAGAGAUUGAUUCUUCUAUUAGCUGGGUCAGUUCAUCAGUACCAAGAAUUGGUGAAGUAAGAGGAAAGAUUGUGUAUGUUCAGAAUAGCAAUUUUAGACUGGGUGUUCCUCUUUCUGAAACGGAUGAGGAUGGUGACUAUAGAGUAAGUCGUGUUGAAGAAAAGGAGGAGAAAAUUAAGAAUCACUUGAAUCAUGCUCUAGAGACAUGUAGAGAUGGGUGUGUUGUUCUGAGCUUUUCAAGUGGCACAGGACUUGGUACAUGGAUGGGUGCAUUGAGGGGUUUAACCCCAAAAAGAGUAGCAGAGGAAAUUAACCCUUUUCUGUAUAAUUAUUUGAAUGAGAAUGCUAAACCACAAGAGCCCAAAACUAGUUUCGGGAUUAUAGCAAUGGACUUUCCAGGCACUGAUUUGAUUCAAAAGAUCAUUUAUCUUAAUUAACUCAUAAAAAUACCUCAUUAUAGGAAAGGAGAGCAUCAAACAGACAUUCAAGUUACAUUUAAACUGGUAUAACUCUGUGUAUAACACAAGGGCUGCAGUUAGAGGACUUUUAUCCAGACCAGUCAAUUCUUCAACACUGACUGGAUCAAUCACUUGGGACACAGGCAUCCCGGUUGGCAGGCUGGAACCACCUUUCGCCAAGUGGAGUGGGUGAAGAUAGACAGUGAAAGUGGGGACACAAGAACAGGUCAUAAAAACCACAAACCUCAACACUUAUAAGGUUGCAAAAACACACAAACAUAACCUUUGUUUGGGACAUGGUGAUAAGAAGACGGACCCAAAGUCCCUAACACUUUUCAUCAUUUGUCAGAUAGAAGUCAAAACUCGCUCUUGGAAGAAAUUUCACAUGAAUAAACAUUCAAUUUAUCUCGGUUUGAGGGUGGGGGGAUUUGUAUAUGCUAACUGAUGGAAGGCGGUGUGAAGAGGGUUCACUGUAAAAAAAUUGGGAUGGGGCACCAGAAAUAUACAGUAAUAAUAACCUGUUUUGUCCUGUUGUGAAAAUUACAUGUUUUCUUAUAAAUUUGCUGUCUCUUUCGGUAAUUUACCAAAACAGUACAAUUUUUGGACACUAAACUUGAAAAAUAUUUUCUUUUGCUCAUAAUAACACUAAAUCAAAUGCAUGAUUUUUAAAAUGGCCAAUGCAAAAUAUUUUAUGACUGGUUAUUAUGACCGUAUCAUUUUAUCAAUCUUAUUUUAUGAUUAUAUGAUUUUUAUAGUUUAUUCUAUUUCGAUACACUGCACAAUGACUUUCUUGACCCUUCACGUCAGUAAGUAGGCCCCCUGCUUGUUUGGUUCUGAAAUAUUUUAAGUUUCAGUAUGAGUCUGUUUAUCGUAAAAUUACAUCUGACUAGUAACUAUAUGAAGUCUUUCAUUAAUCCAAUCCAGUUAAUGUUUAUAUCAGCAUAUGUUCAUUAGUUAUCUGUCUAUAUAAUAUAUAUUUGUUUCCUUAUUAAAGUUGAGAAUAAAUUGAGUCUCUCUAUGGUU